AUGAGAUACAUCAUCUUAUUCGCAUUUUUUUCCAACAUCUUUUGCUUAAUAGCAAGCUACAGCCAUGGUAUUUCCAUUGGAGCUGGCAUAGGUCUUCAAAAAACAGGUGUUCACCAUAAACAUCAUGACCAUAGCGGUUUUGUUGGUUUGAAUAAGGAAUUCCAUAUCGGCGGUGGAUAUCAUAGCGGUGGUCAUCAUAGCGGUAGUUAUGACAGUGGUCAUUUUGAUGGUCAUCAUGGUGGUAGUUAUCAUAAUGGAGGUCAUCAUGGCAGUGAUCAUCAUAGCGACUAUCACAACAAUCAUCACGAUACUGGAUAUCAAGGGGGAUAUCAUAGUGAUAGCCACCAUGGUAGUCAUGGCGGCUAUCAUGGCGAAAGCCAUCACCACACUCAUAGCAGUUAUUAA